GCCAGCUCUAGUAUUCAAUUUUCCCUCGGUUGGCAUGGACCCGAAUGGACCACCAAGUACACCGGGGCUGCCUUCGCCUGGCGACUUAAUCCUGCAGCAGAAGAAAGAUGCUAUCCAGGCGGCCGCACAGCCCACCGGAGAUGGCGGGCUUUUCGCCCAGCUAUCUAGCAAUCCUUUCUUCACAGCGGGCUUCGGUCUCGCCGGUUUGGGUGCUGGAUUGAGUUUCGCUCAGAAGGGCAUUCGACAUGGCGCUGCACUCCUGCGAAGGCGCAUGCUUGUGGAUGUGGAAAUCAGCGUAAAGGACGAUUCAUAUCCCUGGUUUCUUCACUGGAUGACUCUAUAUCAACGUUCGCAGCUCAAUUCGGCUCAGUCGGCAGCCAGCAGGUCUGGCUUUAUGGAAUCCUUACUCCAGAGAAUGACCCCCGGGAUGCGCCACCUCUCAAUCCAAACGCAGAAAGUCGAACACUCAAACGGUGCGAUACAUACACAUUUUUCGUUAGUGCCUGGCCCAGGGAGACAUGUUUUGCGCUACAAGAAUGCGUUUAUUUUUGUAAAUCGGAUGCGCGAGUCGAAGUCACUCGACCUUCAGACUGGUCGCCCGUGGGAGACGAUUACCCUGACCACUCUCUAUUCGCAUCGCCAUGUUUUUGAAGAUCUCUUCAGAGAGGCUCACGCAUUCGCAGCUAAAUCACAUGAAGGCAAAACAUCAAUCUACAACAGCUGGGGGACUGAAUGGAAACUGUUUGGACAACCGCGACGGAAGCGCCCUUUGGAAUCAGUCAUUCUUGAUGAGGGUGUCAAGGAACGGAUUGUGGACGAUGUCAAAGACUUUCUAUCUAGCGGGAAAUGGUACCAUGAUCGUGGAAUUCCGUACCGACGGGGCUAUCUGCUCUACGGGCCGCCAGGCACGGGAAAAAGCUCCUUUAUCCAGGCUUUGGCGGGUGAACUAGACUACGAUAUUGCCAUUCUCAACCUUAGUGAACGGGGAUUGACGGAUGAUCGGUUGAAUCAUCUUCUCACCAUUGUCCCUAACCGCACACUUGUUCUGCUCGAGGACGUAGAUGCCGCCUUCUCCAAUCGGCGAGUUCAGUCUGACGCCGAUGGGUACCGCGGUGCUAACGUUACGUUCUCCGGUCUGCUGAAUGCCAUGGACGGAGUUGCAAGUGCUGAAGAACGCGUGAUAUUCCUGACGACGAACCAUGUGGAGCGGCUAGACCCAGCUCUGGUUCGGCCUGGCCGGGUAGAUAUGACGGUUCGUUUGGGCGAGGUCACCCGCUACCAGGUUGCAUGUCUCUGGGAUCGAUUUUAUAGUGAGUUGGAUACAGAUGGAAAGUAUCGAAAGACAUUCCUCGACCGACUACACGAGCUUGGUUUAAUAGAAGACGAAAACGGCCGGCAGCCCGACCAACCGAAGGCUACAAGUGCGGCCGCCCUGCAGGGCUUAUUUUUGUAUAACAAAGGAAAUAUGGAUGGCGCCAUUGCGAUGGCUGACGCGCUCACAUAUUCAGUCCAUGAGGAAGCCAUGGAGCAUGAUCGUCCAAGUGGCAACUAACUGUAUAUUAUCUUCUAGACAUCUUUUGCAUACGGACCCCCAACAUACAGUGUACUUCUAUGCGACAUAAACAGUUAUUUACAUAUACCCUUCCCAGUUGUUUAAAGCAACGGUGCUAUUAUCUGAAAGUUAUGCGUUCCCUUUAGUACCAUGCCUUCUUUGGCCAUGGCAAGCCGUCCAUAUUGUCAAGCUGCCCACAUUCCCACCUACUAUAUCCUCUACGGCGCUAAGCUGGCCAUUCAGCUCUACUAUGCCUUUUCAAGACAUCGAUAGAUUUUCAAGCUCAGUUGGCUCGGCAGAAAUGAAUCCAGCAAGUAUAUAGCAUGGGCUUUAUUCUAUGAGCACUAUGAAAAUGGGACUCGAGAUUCAUACCCUGAAUUUGACCACUCGUUGGGGAAAAUCUAGUAUUGUACUAUAUCCUAGUAGCGACGCUUGUUGUUCAAAAUCAAUCCGAAGCAAGGCCCUUUCAGUUC